AUGGCAACCACCACGAGAAGUGAAAGUGGUGAGUUCGUAUAUUCCCCUGCCUGACAUGUUCGUAUCUUCCCCUACCGGAGCGUUCCCUUUUUUGUAAACAAGCAAAUGGGACGUCGCCCCGGUUUCGGCUCGUGUUUUUAAUGUUUUUUUUUGCUUAGAACUCUCGGAGACCGACGUUGACGAGCUCACUGCUUUGGUCCCACGUUCAAGUCGGGGUGGAGUAAGUUUCUGAGGUUUGGUGCUUUUAUUGAAUAUUAUAAAAUAGAUUUUUAUUGUGAUGACUGCGUUAGUGGAUUGCAAUAAUUUACUUCUAGAAAAUGACUGCGCACAGAGAUAACGAAUGCUCAGAAGGACAGGAGCAUGAGUCAAAUAUUAUGGACGAAGUGGCGCUUUUGGAAAAGUGUAAGUUUUUGUUUGUAAUGUAAAUUUGAAUUUGGGUUUUUAAAAAAGUGUUAACGCUGUAAAAGACGUCUAUUUAUUAUUUUAUUAAGGAUAUUUUCAGGUCGGCUAAAUUACAACCACAUCGGUGAAGACUAUGUGAACUUGGUGUUUACUGCAUUACGAAAUAUUGAUCUGAAUCAGCCUACGCUGAUCAGCGGAGGGUCAUCGGGAUCGUAUUUUAUUCACAAUGCUGAAAGUGUAAGUUAAUUUUUUUGAAACUGCUUUUGAAUAAUCGAAUUGAAAACAAACGUAUUGUUUACAUUCGUUUUAUGGUGUUUGUUUGUCUUUAAAUUAAACUUAUUACAACAAUUUCAGAAAAUAGUCGGAGUCUUUAAACCUCAAGAUGAAGAACCAUACGGUAUCAACAAUCCGAAAUGGGGCAAAUGGCUACAGAAGGUACUAUUGCCGUGCUCGUUUGGUCGAGGCUGUUUAGUACCUAAUCAGGGUUUCUUGUCAGAAGCGGCAGCCUUUUUGGUCGAUAAAUACUUUGAUAUGGGAAUUGUGCCAGAAACAGCAGUGGUCGGAAUGGCAUCGAAAGUGUUUCACUACAACAGAUUCCAACGCUACGAGGCCAGAGCCAGGAAAAGAGCUGCUCAACAGUUUCCAAAUCUUGGCAAUAGAUUCAACUGGUCUCAGGUUUAUAAGCCUAAGGUAAUUUAUAGCUAUGUUCUUUUUCCUUAUUUAUGGCAAAUCGGUCGUUUAUCUAUAUAAGCUUGUAUUUUAGUAUAAGUCAAUAAUUGCAUAUUUUCUUUUCAGUACGGAAGUUUCCAGCGAUUUGUAAAUGGCUACAUGAGUAGCGAAGACUUUCUCAGAACUUUGAAUCUGGAUAAGUUUUCUGAAGAAGAAAAGAAGGAUCUCACUGUACAGCUACAUCUUCUCUUUGCUCUCGAUUACAUGACGCGGAACACAGGUAUGAUACACUUAAAUGAAGCUGUGUGUUAGUUUGCAAAUUAUAAGCUGUUAGUCACGUCGAAAGUUGUUUUAAGCCCGUUACUUUGUAGAUUAUUUAUUCUUAUACAAGUCUUCUAUUUAUAAUUUUAGAUAGGAAAAAUGCAAAUUUCUUGGUGAAAGUAAAUGAAGUUGAUGUCGAAGAAGAACAAACGACUGCACCUGAUACCCAACCCCAAAGUCUUGUGCAACCAGCAGCACAGAUCAUCAACAUUACUCAGGAUGACGCUGCGGUGAAGGAGACUGAACACGAUGUUGUACCGCCUGCCAGUAUAUCUGUCCCUAGUUAUCCACCAAAGCCGAGCAAAAGAAGAAGUUUCCACAUUGCUGCUAUUGAUAAUGGCCUGGCCUUUCCUUUCAAACAUCCUGGGGAGAUACGAUCAUGUAGGUUUACUUGACCACUUUUCUAUUCGUUAUCCUUUUUUGACAUACUGAGAAGUUGUAAAAAUAUGUUGAUAUUAGUGUGAUGUGACUUAUGGUAAGUUUUAGAUCCGUUCUGUUGGUCGAUAUACUUCCGCCACUUUGCUACACAGCCUUUUGCCGACGAAGUGAAACAAAAGUUGUUGCCGUUGUUGGAAGAUGUCCGGAAAGUUAAAGAGUUGUGCGACAUUUUGAGGGCUGAGUUUAUGGUAAGUAAUCAGCGUUAGUGCUGUUGAAGGAUUUAAACUGUUUUUUUUUAUUUUAAAAUUACAGAAAGACAAGCGAUACCGUAAGAAGAAGACGAUAGAAGCUCAACUGUCAGUGUUCCGUGGUCAGUUGUUAAACUUACUUGAUGCAUUGAAGAGCAACAAAACUCCAGCCGAAUUGGAAUUGGUGAGUUUAUUUCUAUAUUUGCAGAAAAUCAUAUCUUAUAAGCUAAACCAUUAGUUAUAUUUAUUGUUAAGUUUAUUUGGGUUACCUUGUUUUUACAGAGUCGACCGGUGUAUUUGAAAGAGCUUGGUCGCAAAAAGCGACGAGUCAGGGCUCAAACCUCGAGAUCAAGCAUCUCCAGCAUCGAGGACACGUUCGUGAAUGUGGUAGUAGACGGACAACGUGAUAUUAUGGAGCCUGAGACCGAGGGAAACACUCGACUCAGCCAUCCGUGGAAAGAUAUGUACGUUCUCAAGGUUCACACUCAGAACCCCUACUUCUCGUGUUGUUGA